AUGUCUCAACCAUCUCAACAGAGUAGUGGCAAGACCAUAAAGAAGCCGGAUGCUCCCAAGACCGGCCCCGAAGCCAAGGCUGCUCAGGAUAUCGCCCCUGCCCCCAAGACUGACAAGCAGCUGUUGGCUUAUAAAUACUACUGCCUUGUGCACCCUUGCCCCAGCGGCAUCACGGCCGAAUUUGUCUAUUACGCCAACCCAGCUCAUUCGCAUUGGCGCGGAUUUACGUUGACACUGCCUCGUGGCGCCAGCAACGUCGAGGAUGGCUUCGGCACCUUUCGCAGCUUCGACCCCCAGCAGCGAAAGGCGUCGGUCUCUCAAGAGCUCAGCUUGCAUGUCCGCUUGCCCAUGCACAAGACCAAGGCCCAAGCAUGGGAGUGGCCUCCAGAGGAUCGCGAGGAAUACCGACCUGGUCCUUGGCUCCGAAUCCACCUACAGGUCGAUGAGGACGCCGAAGUCGAGGUCGAUGACUGGGGCAUGCCUUACGAGAAUAAAGGGCACCCCUGUGGCGACUGGAUCAACGGCGCGGCAUCGGUGGGCGGUAUACGCCUGAUCGACUUCUUCAAGGGACGGGAUUUCUUCUUCUCCGUCCGGGGCCCGAAGACCCCCCAUAUCUACCUCGAAAAGUUCAAUCUGUCCACCAAGCUCGCCAAAGGUCAAGAGCUUCCGUACGGCGAUGAUCACGCUUGGAAUCCCCGACUCUACCGUGGUCCGAUGAGCGAGGAUAUCAGGGGCGAUCAGUUUGAGCUUUGCAUGCGCUUCGACGAUACGAAUGCGCUCUUAGCGACCAUUUCCCAGUCCGUUGUUCAGGACCAGUUCUGGGUUGCUGAAGAGGCCAUGAAGAUCUUCAAGACCAAGCUUCCGGCCUACUUCCUCCCAAAGGGCAAAGAAGAGCCCGAAUGCUCCAGUUUCUUCAUGAUCGUCAAACUGAACAAAUCAUUCCGUAUCACCUUUGCUGAUGCUUGGACGCGCCUUCAAAAGAGCGACGGCACGAACCGCGUUUGGACGAGCUUUUUCGAAGAUCAGUCAGAUCUGGACUGGGUUUGUCUCGGGGUCGAUCACAAGAAGUGGGGAGAAGAAGCUUCUGCGCUCGAUACUGGAGCUGAACUUCGGGUCAUCGAAAGACCAGACAGGUUCCCGGUGCUCAAGAACCAUGGCCUGGAUGAGUUCGACCUGGUGCUCAACUACGGGAUGCCCUUGGAGAGCCUGGAUCCGUUGAUGGUUCGGAGGGUGUUCUCCUCCCGUCAGCAAGCCCUGGACGCCCUGGCCGCCGAUAGGUCGUCUUGGAACACGGUCACGUUGGCCCUCGACCCCCAACUCGCAGAUACACAGUCUCUGGUGGAGUCUGUCUGGGACAUGGGCAAUUGCUCUAAGCGAACAUGUGCCAGGCCUUCCUUCCGCCUGGAUCCUGACGCCGCCUAUCUCUCCCAGUCCCGGGUGCUUGAGUUGUGGUCCGGUCGAGGCUUCUGGCGAACCCAGCUCGAGGCAAGUAAUUCUCGCAAGCGGAAGCGCGAUAGCGUACCUCCAAUUUCAAAGGAGCAGGAAUGGACCCUGCCCACGACGAACCUGCUGCCUAAGGACAGUCUCUACUGGGAGGCUCUGAAGACCGACGUGGAUCGCGACGACGUGCGACAGUUCGAACGCCACAUGGCCCGAGCACCGUUGGGGGUCGUGCUCAUUUCUGCGAGUGCAGGCUACGGCAAGACGACCCGCGCUGCCGUGGCGGCCCUAUGCUUGGUCGAUCGGUUCAAGAAGGUCUACGCCAGCGGUCCGACGCACAUCGCUGUCAACCACUUCCUCGAGCAAACGGACAGGCUCGAUGCCAAGGCCGUCGAAUACUACAGGAACAGUGAUGGGGACGACCAAGGACGCGUGCGCCGCCUAAUUGUUCGUGCCCGACGACUAGACGACGAGGUGACUGCCACCCGACGGCUCCUCGAGAAGCCUGGUUUGACCGAGUCUGAAUUGUUCCCGUGGCAGGUUGGCCGCAACGAUCGCUGGCAGCUCCAGAACUCGGUGGCGUACUGGCUGCUGAAGAUCUUUGGAUCUCCGGCCGUGGCAGCGCUGGAUGAUCGCGACCCGGAGGCCGUGGUCGCCCUACACAAAGACAUUUUUUCCAUCCAUGGCGGGCAACGCUUGAUCGACGCCGUAAAAGCUGGCGAUUGGGACACCGUGGACAAGGCUGCCUCACCAGAUGUACUGGACGGUCUCACGCGUCAAUUGCUGGAGGAUGCUGACAUGAUCUUCUCGACGCCUGCGAUGAGUAGGCAUGGCCCUUGUCUGGAAUGGAAGAAGCACCAUGCUGCGGCUUUUGCCGUCGACGAGGCAGCGAACAUGAAGCGGGCUGACAUGAUGCGGCUUUGGGGCAACUGCCUCCUGCCAAUAAUGAUGUCAGGCGACGACGAGCAGCUCGAGCCGGCGGUGAUGACCGAGUACAACAAGGACGGCAAGGGGCGCUACCUCAACCGGCAUUUCCAGGACGGCAAGAUGUCGGCCAUGCAGUGGCUCAAAGCCCACAACUGGCCCGUCUAUGUCCUGGUCAAGCAGUUCCGUAUGGCGCGUGGUAUGAUGGACGCUAUUGGAGAUAUCAUAUACCCGGAGGUCAAGCUCGUCUACGCGCCCUCGUGCGAUAUCACAAAUGCCGUCCAUCGACCCGGCGUCUUGUUAGACGAGUUCCUGCGCGAGAAGUUCCCCUCGAUAGCGCCCGCACCGACCGACAGGCUCUAUCCGGCUUUUAUGCAUUGCCCCGAGACAUUCACGUACCUGAACCCGGUGACGCAUGGCAAGUCGAACUACCAGCAAUGCGAACGGGCGCUCAACUUCUGGUGCGAGUUCUCGGAGUGGGUCGAGGCCAAGGGCGACGUUCUGGAUCAUCGUCAGAUUGUCACCAUCUGCCCAUACAAAGCCAAUCUCGAGGUGAUCCAGAGCUUGCGUCGAAAGUACAAGUACGCUCGCCUGGACAAGAUGCCACCCGCUGCGACUGUCGACUCGUUUCAGUGCAAGGAAGGCGGUCUCGUCUGCCUGAUCCUUGGCACCACGCGUGCCGUUGGCGCUGGUUUCACGUCAAACCGUAACCGGCUCAACGUGGCCUGUACGCGCCACAGAUCCGGUCUGGUCGUCUUUGGCGACAUUCACGUCAUGGGAGCCGUAGAUGGCGUCGAGGACCAGCCGGACGCAGGCAGGCCCAAGGGCAAGGGCAAAAAGGCCAACAACAAGGUGGUGACGGCGGACGGCAAGAAGGUGCUGCAGUACACGGCAGCGGGGGUCAAGGCCUCCAAUCUUAAAGGUCCUUUGAAAGACUUGUUGAAGUGGUUUGGGGAGAAGAAGCGUGUGGGCGUCAUCCGGGGCGAGGAGAAGACGGGGUAG